AUGACUUCUAAUCGUAAUGAUGAACAUACUCAAUAUAUCCAACAACGUUACAACAGUGUAAAUGAUAAAAAUUCUAAUCAUAAUGGACAAAACAACAGUGAUGAUGCAACCAAUCGUCGCCAUAGUAUAGCUCAUGUUAACUUUCGUAAAGCUAUCUAUCGAAGUCUAUCAUUAUCUCAUGAAAAUGACGAAUACAACAGUAUUUUAUCUUAUAUGAUAUAUUGUAUGAAAAUCUUUUUUGUUUGUCUUUUUAUUCUAUUAAUUGGUGGAUUAAUUAAAUUUAUAUGGCAACAAUAUCGUACUUAA